AUGCUCUUUAAAACACAACAAGUACGCAUAGCACUUUUACUAGUGACUACAGUUGUUGUCACAGCGGGCAGUGUAAACUAUAUAGAUUGGGACAGAUAUGUGGAAAAUACUUAUAUAACAGAUAUAAUCAAUUAUAUAAACAAAAUGCAUAAUAUACAAAUUAAUAUUUUGGUAAAUCUUGCAGAUGAAUUCGAAAGCGCAGAAUAUUUCUCUGAAGUGCUGACAGCAACGGAAUUACCUAAAUUUAUUGUAAAUCAGGAGAUAUAUCUUAAGAAUAGUAAAGCUUUAUAUGAAAAAUUUAAUAGAAACAGCUUGACAAUAGCUUGGUUGAGGGAGAACAAUAUAAAUGCUACUUUAAAGAUGUUGGAUCAUAUUCUAUGGCGAAUACAUUUCAAAGAUAUAUUUGUAAUUUUCGAAACAGAGCAGGGUAAUAAUUUGAACGAUAAACAAUUGAUGGCUUUAUUUCAAGGCUGCUGGCAUAAGGGUUUUAUAUCGGUUUUAUUAUGGCAUCAAGAGCAACUUUACACAUAUCAUCCAUAUCCAAAAAUUAAAACGAUACAAUUGCAAAAUGUUCAACAAUAUAUGGAUAAAACACAUUUAAAUAAUUAUCAACAAUACUCUUGUCCCAUGCCAUUUUUUGACUUUCCCAAUUUAUGUUUCUCCUAUAGAAAUCGUCAAGGUAAAUUGGUUCGUACCGGUUACUAUUACAAAUGGGUGCAAUUAUACUUGGACUAUUAUAAUGCCUCUAUUGAUCAUAUUUUCAUCGAUAUGUGGACUGGAAAUUAUACACAAUUGGAAGCCAUAAAUAUUCUCAAUGAAUUGGGUUUUUGCCUAUUACCCAUAUUUCUCUCUAAAAGUGGACAAUAUUUUGAAAGAAGCAAAGUGCAACAUCUAACCAGAGUUAAUCUGAUGGUACCUAGUGCCAAUGAAAUUUCUGCAAGUUUAUAUCUCGCCUUGCCCUUUAACGUUAUCAUAUGGUUGAUUAUCGUUUUAAGUUGUUUUAUAUUUUUCGUUUUAAUUUAUUUUAUACAUUGUGGAAAUAAUAGGAAUAUUGCUAAGGAUUUUGGUAAAAUGGCUUUGCAAGCUUUCAGUGUAAUCAUAUUUCUUGCCAUAGAUGUGGAUGAAAAGAGAUCACUUAAACAAUUUUUCUUCAAUCUUUUAUUUUUAUUUACUGGCUUCUUUCUAACUAACUACUACACCUCAAAUCUAUCCAGUCUUUAUGCAGCGAAAGUAUAUGAACCAGAACUUAAAUAUCUCACUGAUAUCGGUCGUACGAAUUUAAAAAUAUUAGAACAUUCUGCUGAUAUAGCUUAUAUGCUAAAUCUCGACUUAUCAAAGGAAUUUGAUGGACGUUUUAUUACGGGUGGUAAUACAGAGUUACAAAAAGCUCGUCUAGAUCUCAACAUGUCCUAUAUAUAUACGACCCAUGAUGAAUUUGUAGAUUUUCUUUUAUUUCAGCAACUGUAUCUCAAGCAUCCUAUUGCCAAGAAACUAGAUCAGGAAUUGUAUAGUCGUGCAGAUUAUGUAACUGCACCUCACCGAUCUCCAUUGAUUGAUCACUUUAAUAGAUAUAUAUCGCGUUUACGUGAAAAUGGCAUGUUGGCGAAAUUUAUAGAGGAUACUAAAUGGGAUGGUAUAUUAAGUGGAUAUCUAAUUUUAUUGCGAGAUUCAGAAGAUCGGAAACCUUUAACGUUAGAAUAUUUUCGUUAUGCUUUUGUUUUAUUGAGCUGA